GGCAAAGAAGUGAGAACAGACUUAGAGGAAGAGAGUCGUGGAAAAGGGAACAAAAUCAAGUGCCACGCUUAUGGUUAUACACCAUUUUUAAGAAAGUAAAAUUUGAGCAAGAGAAAGCGAGAGAGAGAGAAAGUUUAUUAGUUGGUCACUAUGAAGAAGUUGUGGAGUCGCCUCUGCUUCCUCGUUCUAGCAGUAUCGUCUGUUUCCAGAGGACAAAAUGAAACUGUUUCCGAAACUACCGAAGGUCCAGAUUCCUCGACCUUCGCGACUCCUAUCAUACCUUUGUCGCUGGAUGGAACCGAAAAUAAUGCCACCGAAAAUAAUGCCACCAUCUUCAUGUCUUCCUCUCCCCCUGAGAACGAUACUGCACUAGAGAAAACAGAUCCAGUAACUAACCAAACUAACUCUACGGGACAAGAAGAAACAGGACCCAGCACAUCAUCACCUAUGACAACCAUUGAGCCAGUGAGCGAGACUGUUGCGUUGACGACUGUUGCAUCGACGACCGCCACCCCAGUAAAAAUUGAAGACGGGGAUAGUUCGUCCUGGGGUUAUGUGAUCCUGGUGUUCAUCCUCCUGGUGAUCGUUAUUCUGUGUGUCAUCCUCUACUUUCUCCGAAAAGUCUCCAGGUCGUAUUCAUUUGACCUCCAGCGUCCGAGUCCCGCCAACCAUGGCAACGAACCAAUAGGCACCUUUGAACAAGUCUACCUGGAUGACCUGGAUCAAACAGGCCCUACAGACCUGGUGACCAACGAUGACGAUUCACCUCCUCCAGUCACCAACGGCACAACUGUACAGCUGGAGGACAAGGAAUCCACUGGAGAGAGCGCUCUGCAGGAACAAGAAGCAAACGGUUUGGAGACUCUGUCCAUCGGUAACAACACCCCCUCGACUGAAACCCCAUUGGAGUUGGGGAGUAACACCGUUUUCUUCGAUGCCGUUGGGGAGGAGCAGCAAAACGAAAACAACAACAACCCAUCGAUUUGUUCCACUGACCCAUUUGUUGAGAUAAACCUGGAUGGCCCGGCAUGGAGCAACCAGCUACUCACCUCUCCUGAAGUUCCCUCCUCCGUUCUUCCUUUCUCUCCUUUCUCCUUCUCCUCGUCUUCUUAGUUCCUUCAUUGAUGACACCAACAUCAACACUGAGGCAGCUGCAGUGUCUUUUGUAAAUCCACAGAGAUUUCUCUCUUAUUUCCAGUUAGCAGGGAUUAUUUGUCAAUGGCUGCUGUGUAAAUCCCAACCAAAAAGGCUGUAAACAUAAAGCUAGCUAGU